AUGACCCAGAAUCUACUACUCAACACUACCUGGGAGGGAUUGAACCCCUCCAAUUCCUCCAGAUUGAAGGAAAACCCUUCCAGCUACCAGAACAUCACCUUUGUGGAUUUAUACCUCCACACGCCCUCGGUGGCUGCGAUCUUCACCGUCUCCUACCUCCUCAUCUUCCUGGUGUGCAUUAUGGGUAACGUGGUGGUGUGUUUCAUCGUGAUGCGCAACAAGAACAUGCGCACGGUCACCAACCUGUUUAUCCUCAACCUGGCCAUCAGUGACCUGCUGGUUGGCAUCUUUUGCAUGCCAACCACUCUGGUGGACAACAUCAUCACAGGAUGGCCAUUUGGCAGCGUGGUGUGUAAGCUGAGCGGUAUGGUUCAAGGGAUUUCCGUGUCAGCGUCUGUGUUCACUCUCGUUGCUAUAGCUGUUGACAGGUUCCGCUGCAUUGUCUACCCUUUCAAGCACAAGAUGACCAUUUCCACCUCGAAGCUAAUCAUCGUCAUCAUAUGGGUCCUGGCUGUGUUCAUCAUGUGUCCCUCUGGGGUCAUGCUCCAGGCCACAAAGGAGCAGAGGGUGCGAAUUGUUCUCGGAAGCAACGACACCAGCCCCUUCUACUGGUGCCGAGAAAAUUGGCCCAACCAGGAGAUGAGGAAAAUCUACACCACUGUGCUCUUCGCUAACAUUUACCUGGCUCCCCUCAGCCUUAUCGUGGUCAUGUACGCCCGCAUCGGCUACACCCUCUGCAAGGUCACCAUCCCUAAGAUGACCGGCAGUGUGAGUGUGUCCGAAGAGGGCGGGGGCAACAACAAACCCAGCAUGGAGGGCCGCCUCACGAUUACGAAGAAAAAGAACCGAGUGAUCAUGAUGCUGCUGGUCGUGGCUCUGAUCUUCAUCCUGUCCUGGCUCCCUCUGUGGACGCUGAUGAUGCUGAGCGACUACGCCAGCCUGACGGAGCACCAGUACCGCGUCAUCAACAUCUACGUGUACCCCUUAGCUCACUGGUUGGCCUUCUUCAACAGCAGCGUCAACCCCAUCAUCUACGGGUUCUUCAACAAGAACUUUCGCAGGGGCUUUCAGGCGGCUUUCAAGUUCCAGCUUUGCUCCGAGGGCUUCAGGCACCAGAGGAGCUACUCCAAUCGGAUCAGAGGGAACGCCGUGCUCCCCGUGCUCCCCGUCCAGCCCGCGGUCCACAGGAGGGUGGGCUCUGAAGUCAGAUCAGGGUUAGUGGAGAAUGGGAAAUGCUCGGAAGGGGGCAGCUUGUCUGCUAGAAGUCGUAUCAAAGGCCAGGACCUGACCAUAGAGGACCUGGACAAGUUAUCCCAGUUAUAG